AUGCUAGCGAACGGAAAGCUGCCCAAAAAGGAUAUUCCAGAUGGCCCAAUUCAAGAUCUGUGCAAGGUUAUUGACAAAACUCCUUCAGACGAAUGGGAAGAUCGCGUAGACGCAUUUUCUCAGCUUGUUAGCAGCAUUCCAGAUGGAAGCGACUAUGCUGCGGAAGAAGCAUGGUACAACUCGGCUCCAAUCUUGAGACACAUUGCAUAUCCUUUGGCCGAACUUUUAAAGGAUCCUAGAUCAACGGUCGUCAAGAGAGCUUGUGAGUCGGCCUCUGAACUAUUUGAAAAAUGUCGUGGUGACGGCAGGUAUCUGUUGAAAGAUAUCAUGCCUGCCAUCUUGGCCGUCCAUGCUCAGACAAAUCACGUCAUGAGAACAUACGUGCAAAACAUGACUAUGGAUGCCUUGACCGUGGUACCUUGCAAAAUGGCGAUGCCCACCUGGCUGGAUAGGAUGAAAUCGGACAAGUCUAUUACAGUACGCGAAGCUUGCGCCAUGUAUUUGGGGAUUGGACUGCAAGAAUGGACGGAAGAAGGAUAUCUCACUGUUGACGUGUACAAUCAAGUAGGAUCAGCGCUGAUCAAGGCCAUGAGAGACCCAACGCAAUCGGUUCGAUUGAAUGCCAAGAAAGCAUUGGAAAACAUGCACUAUGUCCAACCUGAUAUUUUCGCCAAACUAGUCGACAAUCGGAGCAUUACGACAGAUGCAAGAGUUCGAAAGACUCUGAAAAAGAUCCAAGCGGGUGAAUCUUCUGGUGCUGCAGAUGAUGCGAGUGCUGCAAGUAGCCGAGUGGGGUCGGUUGGCAGCCGGAGUUACUUGGGUUCUACAGCCAGUGCUUCGGGAAUGCGCAAAGCGAGAAGUCCUCAGCUGCGAAACAAUUCGAGCAAAAUACCACAAACCAUUGGUGUCAGGACACCAAAAGCGCCGAAAUUCGUCCCUCCAGCUCCGAGAGGAAAGGCUGGUGGUCUGGGUCCACCAGUCCGCCUUACCACAACAACACCAUUUCAAGCUGCUGCUGUUCCUGACAGUGAUGACGAUCUUUUCAAUUCCACACCAACUCCUCAAUCCGCUGUACAAGACGAAUCAUUUCAAUCCGAAGACACGGUAGACGAUAUGCCUGUCAUUGCCAAUGUGAAUGAUUUGCGAGAAACCGCCAAAAUGCGAAGCAAAACGGGACGUGCUAGUCUACUGCAGCGACGCUUUUCUCGGAGCAAUAUUAGGGACGAGAACGAAAAUCCGGACAAUGACACUGAGUUUUUGAAUGAGUUGUUGGAUGGCAAAAUGGAAGAACGUCAAUUGAAUGGUAAUACCCAAAACCCACAUGCCGAUGAAGUCAGCAGCCAUUUGCCCGAGCACAUGAGAAUUGCUCAAGAGUUGUUGGAAAGUCAUAAGCAGCAUGUCGACCAAAUUAUGGAAACACUGAAGGUAGAAAUGGACGCCCUACGAGACUUUGAAGCGGUGCUGAUGGAACAAAGUGAGAACGGAAGGCCGAAUGAAGAAGAAGUCCUGCAAUACUUUGAAAGUGUUGGACUGUGUUUAGAAGCUAGGACCAAGGCCGGAACCAUUUUGCAAGCGAAAAUGGACAAGAUAAGUCAGGGGAGUGGCUAA